AUGAAUAUUCUUGAUAUUGUCAACUCGUCUAAUGCCUCGGGAGAGAAGAUGUCAGAUGAGAAGCUUGUUAGAAAAAUCCUUGGGUCUAUGCCUAAGAAGUUUGACAUGAAAGUCACAACUAUUGACGAAGCACAAGACAUCUACAACAUGAAAGUAAAGGAGCUUAUUGGGUCACUUCAAACUUUUGAAUUGGUUAUCAGUGAUAGAUCUGAAAAGAAGAACAAAAUCAUAACUUUUAUCUCCAACAGCGAUGAUGAAGAAGCUCAAUUUGACAUGGAGAUUGAUGAAGGGAUUUCUAAUGCUAUUGUGCUUCUUGGGAGACAAUUCCAUAAGUGUCAUGGAUGUGAGGGUUUUUGUCACAUUAUAUCAGAAUGUCCAACUUUCACUAAUAGAUAUGAAUCUGAAGGUGAACCUGAUGAUGAAAUGAUUAAGCAUGUUACAACUUUCACUAAUAGAUAUGAAUCCGAUGAAGAUUCCUAUGAUGAAGAUGUCUCUUAUGAAGAAUUGACUAAAUCCUAUAGAGAACUACUGUAUGGUUAUCCAAAAUAUUCAACAUAUCCUAUGGCUAACCAUGUGAUGAUUAAAACUAGAAAGGAAUGGAAACCUAAGUCUGUUGAUACUUGUCUUAUAGCCUAUACUUCUUUUAGAGAUUCAUCUAGAGAAGACUGGUACUUUGAUAGUGGAUGUUCUAGACAUAGGACAGGGGUCAAGAAGUAUUUAAUGGACAUUAAGUUUUAUUCCACCAAUUUUGUCACUUUUGGUGAUAGAGGUAAAGGUGAAAUUAAAGGGAUAGGAAAGGAAUAUGAAGUCAAGUUGUGGCACCAGAAGCUUGGGCAUCUGAAACUCAAAGGUAUGAAGAAGAUUAUGUUUAAAGAAGCUAUUAGAGAUCUACCAAAACUAAAAAUUGUGGAGGGUAAAGUUUGUGGUAAAUUUUGUCAAAGAAAAAUCAGACACUUUGAGGUAUUCAAAGAUCUUUGUCAACACCUUCAAAGAGAGAAGAAAAAUGUGAUUGUCAGAAUAAGAAGUGACCAUGGCAAGGAGUUUGAAAAUGCAAAAUUUUCUGAAUUUAGUUCUUCUGAAGGGAUUGAUGUCGAUGAAGAUGUUGGAACAUCUUCUCAGCAGACCGAUGCUUCAGAAAAUAUGGAAGACAUUGAAUCCAACAUUGAUCCAACAAGGACUGAAUCAGAUAACCCUUAA